UUUCCCACAGGCCCCAGAGCCGCCAAUGAACUUCGACCUUUGGUUCCCCUUCCGGUGUCGUGGUCGUUAUUGGGUUAUGCCUGCUCUGCAAGUUCUGAAGUGGAGAGCAUUGCUACUAACUUAAUGGCCCAUACAAGUUUCAAUGGGGAGCAUGUCGGUGGAGCUCCUCAUGCUGUCAUACCAGAAGUGGAAUUCCCUGAUCAAUUCUUUACAGUUCUAACCAUGGACCAUGAAUUGGUGACAUUCAGGGAUGUGGUCAUCAGCUUCUCUCAGGAGGAAUGGGAGUAUCUGGAUUCUGCUCAGAGGGACUUGUACUGGGAUGUGAUGAUGGAAAAUUACAGCAACUUGGUCUCACUGGACUUGGAAUCCAAGUAUGACAAAAAGACUUUAUCUACAGAGAAGGAUGGUAUUGAAAAAAAUGAUUCGCAGUGGGAAGUAAUAGAAAGUAGUAAAUUAGUUGGCCUUGAGAACUCCAUUGUCAGAAAUGAUUGGCAAAGCAAAAGGAAGAUUGAAGUACAAAGACCUGAAGUGGGAUAUUUCAGUCAAGUGAAAAUCAUCUCUGAAAAAGUGCCCAAUUACAAAAAUCAUAAAUCUCUUACAUUACAUCAGAGAAUUCAUGAUAGUGAGAAGCCCUGUAAGGAAUAUGGGAAGGUCCUUAGUUGUGACUUAAACUUUGAUGAAUAUGAGAAAAUAUAUACUGGUGAGAAAACCUCUGAAUGUAGUAGAUAUUGGAAAACCUUUGGAGUAGAUGACCCACAUACCCUACAACUGAAUAUUCAUAGUGGUGUGAAACCUUGUAAAUGUAUGGAAUGUGGGAAUGCAUUUAGUUUUUAUGAAGACCGUAGUGUACACUGUGAUGAUCAGAAGUGCUAUAAAUGUAAGCAAUAUGGAAGGAUUUUUAGAAGAAUUGAAAAAAUCACUCCACUUCAAAGAAUUCAUGAUGGUGAGAAACCCUAUGAAUGCACUUUCUGUAGGAAAUCGUUUAGAGUGCAUGCACAACUUACUAGACAUCAGAAAAUCCAUACUGAUGAGAAACCUUACAAAUGUAUGGAAUGUGGCAAGGACUUUAGAUUUCAUUCACAACUGACUGAACAUCAGAGAAUUCAUACUGGUGAGAAGCCAUACAAAUGUAUACAAUGUGAGAAGGUCUUUAGAAUUAGUUCACAGCUUACUGAACAUCAGAGAAUUCAUACUGGUGAGAAACCUUAUGCAUGUAAAGAAUGUGGGAAGACUUUUGGAGUCUGUCGAGAACUUGCUCGACAUCAGAGAAUUCAUAGUGGUAAGAAACCCUAUGAAUGCAAAGCGUGUGGAAAGGUCUUUAGAAACAGUUCAUCCCUGACUAGACAUCAGAGAAUUCAUACUGGUGAGAAACCAUAUAAAUGUAAGGAAUGUGGGAAAGCUUUUGGAGUAGGUAGUGAACUUACUCGACAUCAGAGAAUUCACAGUGGUCAGAAACCUUAUGAAUGUAAAGCGUGUGGAAAGUUCUUUAGACUUACUUCAGCCCUUAUUCAACAUCAGAGAAUUCAUAGUGGUGAGAAACCUUAUGAAUGUAAGGUAUGUGGGAAGGCCUUUAGACACAGUUCGGCCCUUACUGAACAUCAGAGAAUUCAUACUGGAGAGAAACCUUAUGAAUGCAAGGCAUGUGGGAAGGCCUUUAGACAUAGUUCAUCCUUUACAAAACAUCAGAGAAUUCAUAAUAGUAAGAAACCCUAUGAAUGUAAGGAAUGUGGGAAUGCCUUUAGACCUGAAUCAGAUCUCCUUCAGCAUGAUCAAAUUCAUGCUAGAGAGAAACCUUAUGAAUGUAAUGAAUGUGGAAAAACAUUUAGCCUGAAGCAAAACCUCAUAGAGCAUAAGAAAAUGCAUACUGGAGAGAAAUCACAUGAAUGUAAUGAAUGUGGUAAAGAAUUCUCUCGAGUCUCAUCCCUUACUCUACAUUUGAGAAGUCAUACAGGAAAGAAACCAUAUAAAUGUAAUAAAUGUGGAAAAGCCUUCAGCCAGAAGGGAAACUUGCUUACUCAUCAAAAACAUCAUACUGGAGAGAAAACUUAUGAAUGUGGGAAAGCUUCUAUUCAGAUGCCAAGCCUUAUUAAACACCAGAGAAAUCAUAUUGGAAACAAACCCUAUGUAUGUAAGGAAUGUGGCAAAGCCUUCAAUGGCAAAUCAUAUCUCUCUGAGCAUGAGAAAAUUCAUACAGGAGAGAAACCAUUUGAAUGUAAUCAAUGUGGAAGAGCCUUCAGCCAGAAGCAAUACCUUGUUAAACAUCAGAAUAUCCAUAGUGGAAAGAAACCCUUUAAAUGUAAUGAGUGUGGAAAAGCCUUUAGCCAGAAGGAAAACCUCAUUAUCCAUCAAAGAAUUCAUACUGGCGAGAAACCUUAUGAAUGUAAAGGGUGUGGGAAAGCUUUCAUUCAGAAGUCAAGCCUCAUUAGACACCAGAGAAGUCAUACAGGAGAGAAACCUUAUAUAUGUAAAGAAUGUGGAAAAGCCUUCAGUGGGAAAUCAAACCUCACUGAGCAUGAGAAAAUUCAUAUUGGAGAGAAACCCUAUAAAUGUAAUGAAUGUGGAACAAUCUUUAGGCAGAAGCAGUACCUCAUUAAACAUCACAAUAUUCAUACAGGAGAGAAACCCUAUGAAUGUAAUAAAUGUGGAAAAGCCUUCUCUCGAAUCACAUCUCUCAUUGUACAUGUGAGAAUUCAUACAGGUGAUAAGCCUUAUGAAUGUAAAAUAUGUGGGAAAGCUUUCUGUCAAAGCUCAUCUCUUACUGUGCAUAUGAGAAGCCAUACAGGUGAGAAGCCCUAUGGUUGUAAUGAAUGUGGGAAAGCCUUCUCUCAGUUCUCAACUCUUGCUCUGCAUAUGAGAAUCCACACUGGAGAAAAACCUUAUCAGUGUAAUGAAUGUGGGAAAGCUUUUAGCCAGAAGUCACAUCAUAUUAGACACCAGAGAAUUCAUACUCAUUAAAACUCUAUGAAUGCCUUGAAUUUGGGAACACCUUCAAGAGAAUUCAUAUUAAACAGUAUAUCAGAAAAUUUAUUUUACAGUAAAUUCACAUGAAUGUGGAAAAUCCUUCAGCAACAGCUCAAAAUGUAAUAUACUGAGAAUUUAAUAACUAUCACAGUAUCAUGAAAACCUACACCCCCAAGACCCCACAACAAACAUUGUUCAUGCUGUACUUUUAGGAGCAUUCUCAUUAAAUUAAGGAUCCAGUCAUGGACACUAAUCAACAUGGUUCUGGAAGGCCUACCUGAUGCAUUCAGACAAAGAUAUGCAAGAUGGGUCGCCAGUUAUACAAGCACAAUUUGUUAAAAUAACCCAGCAGCCAGUUUAGCAGCAAGUCACACAGCUCUGACACCUGCAUGUCCACCAGAAGCAAUCACAGAUUUGAACUAGCAAUCAAAAAAAGAGAGAGGGAGAGCAGAAUAAGCUUUAACCUAGCAUUAGGUUUAUUAUUAGCUUUGUCCUGACAAGAAAAUGUCUUCACAGCAUGUUCAUCAGACAGUCCUGCAACUACCCAAGCAAGCACAGCUUCCACUGCUUCAGCACUGCACAGAGGAGAAAAGAUCAAAAUGGGCGUGGUUCACCUCAGCACUGGGAAACAUUAACAUUCUCAUCCAGCACAUUUUAUAAUAAUCAACCAGGGCAUCUGCACGGUGUGUCACCAUCACAUGGGGCACACUCAGUUGUAACAAUGAUAAUCAUUUAAGCACAGAGAAGCCACUGCCUUGGUUUCCCAAGACUUGUGAUGCCUUAGUUAUAUAGGCUAUCAAUGUCUACAUGCCAAUUAACAGUUUGUCCCAUCCAGAUACAGGCUACAAAUAAGAGAUUUACAGUGGUGUUUUCUUCAAGGAAACUGUGGUAGAAAGGCAAAUCUAAAGUCAUCUUUCCAGAGAUGAAUCAGUGGGCAAGGCCUGUUCUUAAUCCUUUACUGAUACCACACUUUUCCUACUCAACUAAAACUUUGCUAUGUAAUCCUUUAACCAUAUGAUCUUUUCUUCAUUCAACUUAAACUGCCUGAUAUUUUGAUUUAUACCAAGACCUAUUUCUAUAUUCUCUUGCUUCAUUAAUCUGUUUUUCUAUUCCUAUACUAACACCAUAUUAAUUGAUAACUUAACAUUAGCCUUAUUGUAUUUUGAUACUGAGUAUUACAGCAAGUCCCCCACUCCCUGCUGUUUUUCAGUUUUAUUGGCUAAGUUAAUUUUCUUUCUAUAUAAACUAAGAUAGUUUUCUCAAAUUACAAAAACCCUUUGAUAUUCUAAUUGGAAUUACCUUAAAU